AGCAGUCGGCCGCGAAUAGCGCGCCACGUCGCAGCAAGUGCGCCCGCCUGCCCGCCGAAUACCACGCCGCGGAGGACUCUGCGGCCUGCACCGUAAUGUGACGUCACAGCGCAGCGUGAAGCGGCGUCGGCAUGUGGACGGCGCUGCUGCUGGCGGCAGCGAUGGCGGCGGCGGGCGCGGCCUGCUGGUUCCUGCGGCGCAGCGCGUCCCACUGGGCGCGGCGCGGGCUGCCCUACCUGCGGCCGCACCUGCUGCUCGGCAACGCGGCCGGCUUCGCGCUCAACCGGCAGACCUGCGGCCAGGUGUUCGGCGAGCUGUACGCGCGCCUGCGCGGCCACCCGCUGGCCGGCAUCUUCCUGCUGUGGCAGCCCGCGCUGCUGGUGCGCGACCCCGCCAUCGCGGGCCGCGUGCUCGUCCGAGACUUCGAGUGCUUCCGCGACCGCGGACACCGCGCCUCCGACCCCAUGCUGCAGGACCUCUUCUUCCUCAGGGGCGACCGCCGCUGGAGGACCCUCAGGGACAGCCUCGAGCCGGGGUUCGGACCGAAAGGCGCCAGGCACGUGUUCUUCCUGCUGGACGAGAUGGCACAACGUCUUUUGAAGGUGCUGGAGGCUCCAGCAGAGCGGCUCCUGGAGCUGGACGUCUACGACCAGAUGCACCGUUUCGUCAUCGACACGGUGGGGACGUGCGCUUUCGGCGUGGAGUUCGAGUCCAUGCUGAACUACGACUGCUUCGUCGUGAGGAAGACGAGGCGAAUGGCCAGCGGCUCGCUCCUCAGAAGGCUCAGAAAGACGCUGGUUCUGGCGGUACCCGACGCGGCCAGGGCGAUGGGCGUCCGCUUCCUGCGCUCCGGCGACGCCGACGUCUUCCGCUGGCUGACGGCAGAGAUCGUGGCGCACCGCCGCCGCCACAACGUACGGCGCAACGACCUCAUGCAGCUGCUGAUGGCGCUCGCCGCCAAGGAGGACGCCGGGGACUCCCCACAGUCUGACUUCGGCGGCGACAUGCUGGCGUCACAGGUGAUGAUGCUGCUGAUGCUGGGCCGACACAAGGUGGCCACCACGCUCGCCUUCUGCCUGCACCAGCUGGCCGUCCACCACGAGGUGCAGACGCGGGCUCGGCUCCAGGUGGACACCGCGCUGCGCAGGCACGGGAAGGAGCUGAGCCUGGAGGCGCUCGCAGACAUGCCCUACCUCGACAUGGUGCUCUCAGAGACGCUGCGGCUGCACCCGCCCAUGUCCAACCUGUCGCGCAGCUGCACGGCGCCCUACACCUUCCCCGGCACGACGCGGCUGGGGGACGGCGCGCUGCACCUGCGGCCGGCCGAGGCGCCGCUGCACAUCCCCAUCUGCGCCCUCCACCGCGACCCCGGCUUCUUCCCGCAGCCCGAGCGCUUCGACCCCGAGCGCUUCGGGCCGGACCAGCUGGCGCGCCAGACGCCCUUCUCCUACCUGCCGUUCGGCGCGGGGCAGCGCUCGUGCCUCGGAGAGCGGCUGGCCCUCCUGCUGAUGAAGACGACCUUAGCGCGGCUGCUAUCCCGCUACGAGCUGUUCCAAAGCCCGAGAACAGAGUACCCUGCGCCCAUAGACCCGCGUCUGCUGUUGCUGCACCCCAAAGGUGGACUCUGGGUCAGGAUCUCCAACAGGCACUGGCUACCAUGUGUGGGAACCAACAUGCAGCUCCUGCUUGUACCCCUCAUCGAGGAGCUGAUGUCCCAGCUGCAGGGCCAACUACUCAGCGCCCACAGACAGAUGUCUGCUGGUGCUGCACCACAGAGGUGGCCUGCAGAUCAAAACCUCCAACUGGCUGACCUGAGACUAAGUGGGCCAGAAGCUUACCUGGUGUUCCCACUCCCGGAGACAGGCAUGCCGGCCGCGUACUGGCCACUGUGUGACGUCAGCUGGGUGACGGUCGCGCUGCUCGGCCUGGCCCUCGCGCUGCUGGUGGCCGACGCGCACGUGGGCCGCGGCUACUGGCGCCGGAUGGGCGUGGCGCAGGCCACCUCCCGGCUCUUCCUGGGGCACGCCAAGGACCUGCUGCUGGGCACCACGCACCUCUGCGGCGUCAUGGACGAGGUGUACCGCCAGCUGGAAGGGCAGCCCUACGGGGGCUUCUACAUGGUGGGCAGGCCGUGCCUCAUGCUGCGAGACCCCGACCUCGUCUGGAAAGUGAAGCACGACUCCAGCCACUACUCCCUCAGGGGCGCCCGUAUAAAAGGCAAUGCUAUGGAUCCCAUUUCGAGGAACCUGUUGAAUGUUGAUGACCGCCACUGGCGCGAGAUCAUGGGACAUCUAACGAAGGCCUUCGUAACGGAGAAGACGCGGAAGGUGUCCUUCCUACUGGAAGAGUGCGGCCUACGCAUGCAGAACGCGCUGUCGCAGCGGAUAGAAGAUGUCGGCUGGAGAGACUUGGACCUCAUGUGCGUCUGCUCGCGGUUCGCCACCGAUGCCAUAGGCUGCUGCGCCUUCGGCAUCGAAUGCGGCGCCAUCGAUGACCCGCGCUCAAAGUUCCUCCUGCUAUCACACGAGGCUGUGUUUAUCAACCGGUGGCAAAAUUUCGCAGACGUCAUGUCGCUAUGGCAGCCGCACAUUGUCAGCGUUCUGCGCCCAGACAUAUUGUCACGUGAUACGUACGAGUUCUUCAGGGAUGUCGCUUUGGACAUUCUUCGCUACAGGCGAGACAACAAACUGUGCCGAGACGAUAUGAUGAAUGAGCUGCUGAAAGUGAGGCUAAAUGGUCUCAAGUCUGUUCAAAAUAUCAACACAGAGUUCUCGGACGACUCCCUGGUGGCGUACGUGUUCGCCACGUUCGGCUUCUCACUGGAGAUGCUGGCCAGCACGCUGAGCUUCUGCCUGUACGAGCUGUCGCUGGACACCGAGGUGCAGACGCGGGCCCGCCAGCAGGUGGACGCGGCGCUGAGAGCACGCGGCGGCAGGCUCAGCUACGAGGCCGUCCAGGAGAUGACCUACCUCGACAUGGUGCUCAGCGAGACGCUGCGGCUGUACCCGGUGAUGGCCGGCGCGUACCUGGAGGAGUGCACGCAGACGCACCGCCUCAGCGGCCCUGGAGGCUCCAGCGUCGUGGUGGAGGCGGGCACCCACGUCGUUGCGCCGCUCUUCUCGCUCCAGAGGGACCCGCGACACUUCCCGGAGCCUCUGCGGUUCAUCCCGGAGCGCUGGAGCCCGGAGAACAGCGCGGGGCGACACCCGGGCGUCUACAUGCCCUACGGAGCCGGCCAGCGUCGCUGCGUGGCUGAAAUCUUCUCGAAGACGACGAUGAAGUUCGGCCUGGCGUCGCUGCUCGCCCACUUCGAGCUGAGCCGGUGUUCUCGGACCCCGGAGCGCCCGGCGAGAGCUCACCCGCUGGCGCGCCUGCUGGUUCCAGCCGAACCGCUGCGCGUCCGAGUGUCGCGCCGCUCCUGGUUCGCCUACGACGAGUGAGUGCUGACCCGCCUGCUGACGUGUCUCCAGCAUCUCCGUGCCCCACUCCUCUCCGGCACACGCACGCAGCACACCUGGAACUGACCCGUGGGAUCCCAGGUGCUGACUCACCUACUAACACCUGCAGUACCUGUGAGCACCCCGUUUCACGGCGCGCGGAGCACUCCUGUCGCUGACCUGUGAGGCCACAACUGCUGACUUGGCU